AUGGAUGAAGAAGUUCAAGCCCUGCUAAACAAUCGCACCUGGAUAUUGGUUCGUCGCCCCACCAACACCAACAUUAUAGGUUCCAAAUGGGUGUUUCGAAUCAAAUAUUUGCCCGAUGGAUCUAUCGAGCAUCUCAAAGCCCGUCUUGUUGCCAAGGGCUACACGCAAGUACCUGGUCUUAACUACACUAAUUCUUUUAGCUCUGUCAUCAAGGCUACCACAGUCCAUGUUGUACUCUCUCUUGCUGUGACCAACAAAUGGCCUUUUCGACAACUUGAUGUUAAAAAUACGUUCCUAAAUGACUAUCUUACUAAACAUGUUUAUAUGGAGCAACCUCCUAGCCGUGCAGACACGUCACUAUUCAUUUAUCAUAAGCACUCUGACAUAAUCUAUUUGCUUCUCUAUGUUGAUGACAUGAUUAUUACAUGCAACAACUCAUCUCUCCUUGCUAGCUUUACUUGGAAACUCAAUUAUAAGUUUGCCACCAAAGACUUGGGUCCUCCCAGCUCCUUUUUUGGUCUCGAGUCUACAACCACCUCUGAUGGCCUCUUCAUCAAUCAAUUGAAAUAUACACGAGACAUUCUCACACGUGCCCAACUACUUGACAGCAAACCUAUUCAUAUCCCCAUGAUAGUAUCCCAGACCCUAUCUGCUGAUGGUCUUUUGUUCUCGAAUCCUACACUUUACAGAUCUCUUGUUGGUGCUCUCCAAUAUUUGAUCAUCACCCUUCCAGAUAUUGCUCAUGUCGUCAACUCUAUCAAUCAAUUUCUCCACUCUCCGAUUGAAGACUACUUUCUUGCUGUCAAAUGCAUUCUUCUCUAUGUUAAAGGCAUGCUGCAUUUUGGGCUCAUUUUUCGCCCAUCCGCUGCUCCUAGUACUUUAGUUGCUUACUUUGAUGCAGAUUGGGCAGACUGUCCCGAUACUCACCGUUCUACCUCUGGUUACUAUAUUUAUUUUGGCGGUAAAUUGGUUUCUUGGAGUGCCAAGAAGGAACCUACCGUUUCUCGCUCCAGUUGUGAAUCUGAGUAUCGUGCUUUAGCUCUCACUACUGCUGAACUUCUUUAG